AAAUCCCCUGAAUUUCCAAGGGCUUGCUUUUGGGGUAAUGUCCUACAACUCACAGAUGGAUCCAGAGCUGGACAUCCGUCAAGACCCCUUCACGACAGCCCUGGCCGCCAUUUUUUUGCCAGGAGCGCUGCAGCAUUACUUAGGGAUGUCGUCUUCGGAGCCCGAAGGUCACACAAAGAUUCAGUUCAGUUUCUUCAGUGCAACUUCACUAUUUGAGGACAGUAGUUUCAACCAGGAAGUGCUGAACACCUACGUUGUGGGAGCCAGUCUUGAAAACACGUUAGUUCAAAACCUCCCGGAGCCAGUGAAUAUUAUUCUGCAACAUAUAAAGCGAAAUGUGAGUGAGUAUUUGAGGCAUCAGACCAAACUCAAUCAGCCUUUGGUUCCCAGGGACAUAUUCCGGUCCACCAUCGCCUUCCCUGAUGACUUCCCUUUGGUGGAGCCGCUCCUGCCCAUCUCUUCCAGUUUCCAGUCAAAUGGCUUUGGUGGCUGGAAUACGUCGGGGUGCGAAAUGCAACGCACAGACAAAGAUUACACGCUCUGCAACUGCAACCACCUGACCCAUUUUGGAGUCUUGCUGGAUUUACCUCGGACUCCAAUCAGUGGUUCUGAUGAGCAGAUUUUAACACUGAUCUCCUGUGUGGGGUGUGGCGUUUCCUCCAUUUUCCUGGGGCUGGCACUCGUGGUGUAUCUUUCCAUCCAAAAGCUCCGUGAGGACUACCCUGCUAGAAUCCUCAUCAACCUCUGUUUUGCCCUGCUUAUGCUCAACCUUACCUUCCUGGUGAACUCGUGGCUGGCCUCGUUCCAGAAGCGCGGCCUCUGCAUCACCACUGCCGUGGUCCUCCACUACUUUCUCCUGGUGACCUUCUCCUGGAUGGGCCUGGAAGCCAUCCACAUGUACGGCGCCCUUGUCAAGGUCUUCAACACCUACAUCACCAACUACAUCCUUAAGUUUGCCAUUGUUGGCUGGGGAGUUCCAGUCGUUGUCGUUUCUGUUGUGCUCAUCAUAAAUCCAGAUAUCUAUGGGCCUCAAAUCAUUUCCGAAAGCACAAGCCCGCGGACACUUUUUUGCUGGAUUCAGGACGGUGUCGCCUUUUACCUCUCUGUGGUGGCCUAUUUCUGCCUGGUGUUCCUGAUGAACAUUAGCAUGUUCGUCACAGUCCUUCUGCAAAUUCGUGCCGUGAAAACAAGGAACCGAGAGCGACCAGCUACCUGGAGCCAGGACUUCCUCCACGACCUGAAGCGGGUGGCCAGCUUGACUUUCCUGCUCGGCCUAACUUGGGGUUUUGCCUUCUUUGCGUGGGGGCCAGUGAAGGCUGUUUUCAUGUACCUCUUCGCCAUUUGCAACACCUUGCAAGGGUUCUUCAUUUUUUUGUUCCACUGCCUCUUGAAGGAGAAUGUGAGGAAGCAAUGCCAAACACACUUCUGUCUCAACUAUCCCAAUAGUUCAGGGGCUGCCAUGGGGCCAGGCCACCAGCCCGUGGGAAUGAAGGAGGACGACAACAGCAUGCUGGGGGAGGCGAGCUGGAGGUGGGGAGCCUCUCGGAUGGAGAACGCCGGCCUCCGGAGGAGGCGGCCCAAAGCUCCUCCUAGCAGCACCACAGGCCUCCUUAACAACGGCAUGGAGGCACAUGGAUAG